AAGAAGUGCGGGUUCAAGGCAAGCGUUUCGCUCAAGAAGUUGUACUGCAGGCCAGCACAAGGAGAGUGGGCCAAUGGGCCGCCCAAGGCAGGCAAGCCCAAGCCCAACAUACUCGAUGCCACGCAGCCCGCGGUCUUUGUUAAGAUGUCCAGUGCAGAUUCCGAGUCCGCCAAGUCCAUCUUGGGGCCCAGCCAGCGCGCCUGUGUCGCAGCUCAGCGCGCGCUGGCUGCUGGCGACCCCAAGCCUGUGGCGCGCCACGCGCCGUUGGCGUUCGACGAGGCGAAGCGUGAGGUGCUCCUGGCGGAGCAGAAGGCUGACAAGCUCGAGAAGGAGGUGCAGGACAAGUUCAGGGAACUCGUCUUCCUCAAGGAUACGCUCGAGCAGCUGCAGGAGAACGAGAUGGUCCUCGCCGCGAGGGCCACCGCAGCGUGGGCUGCGGUCAGCGGCUCGGCGGUGGGGCGGACUGCUGCCCAGCGCGGUCGUGUCGCGGUGUAUCCUGGCGAUCCUGGCUUCGUUUUCCUCAUGCAGUUCGACGCGCUCGACAGCAAGUUG